UUGUAGGACUCCUCCAAUUUGUUAUCGCAGUUCGUUGAAUCUCAAGAAAGAGUAUUAUUCUCGAUUUUUUAAUAAUAUUAAGAAACCCCAUUAAAGCAAAUACACAUAUAAUUGCAGCAUAGAUACAGAGAGAAAGAGAGAAAGAUAGUGUGUUGAUGAAGGAGACGAGAGAUACUUCACAUGGGAUGUUCUAUUUGAUUCUGUGGUGAACAGUAGUUUUACAAAGAACAUUCCUUUUUCUUUUUUUCUUGAGGGGGGGGGGGGGGUCAGCCAUGGAUGUUCCAUUGCCACUGCAAAGACCACUGAGUUGCACAAGUGUCUCCACUGAAAGAACCCACCUCAAGAUCAAACCUUUUCUUGGGUUUGUCCCUCAUGGAAUCACGAGUCUAUCAGUACAAUCUUCUUCAUGGAGGAAAGAUGGAAUGGUUGCUGGGGUUUCAUUUCCAUUUUGUGCAAAUUUCUCUGGAAGAAGACGGAGAAAAAUUUCAACUCCGAGGAGUCAAGGCUCUUCACCAAAGGGGUUUGUGCCAAGGAAGCCUUCAGGGAUGAGCACACGAAGAAGAGAUCAGAAGAGCAAUGGUAAUAAAGAAAGUCAAAGUACUUCAACAUCUAAAGAAUCUGAAAUUUCCAACCAGAAGACAGUUGAAGCAAAAGUUGAAACUAGUAAUGAUGGCAAUAAAGGAGUGGUAAGGGACCACAAGUUUCUGGAGGAUGAGGAUGAAAUCAGUGGUUCCACUAAAUCAAUAAGUCUGUCACCUGCUCGUGGAUCAACUAAGUUUGUUGAAAGUGAAGAAACUGGUGAUGAUGACAAGGAUGCUGUAAGGUUAAAUAAAUCAAAGAGAAGCGAAGAGGGCGAUUUUCUAAUUGAUUCUGUAAUAAGAGAACAAAGUGGAGGUGACUACUCUGAAAAUUCUCGGGGGGAAACUAAUGCCAGUAGCAAGGGCAGCUAUGCUGUGGGUACAAAACUUUAUGAGAUAUUGAAGGUGGAUGAUGAGCCAGAACAAUUGAAAGAAAAUAAUGCUGGGAAUGUCGAAUACAAAGGACCUGUAGCAAGUCAGCUAUUGGAAAUUACCAAGGCUAGUGAUGUGGAACAUACUGAAAGCAAUGAGAUUGAUGACUUAGACAGUAAUAGUUUCCUUAAAUCAGAUUCAGUUGAAGAGGGUGAUCCAUUAACUGUAGGAAUAGUAGAGACUGAAGAUUCUUCUGUAAACUUAAGAUUGGAGAUGGAAGCAAAUCUAUGUAGGCAGGCUAUAGAAAGGCUUGCCGAGGAAAAUUUAUUGCGAGGGAUCAGAUUAUUUUGUUUUCCGGAGAUUGUAAAACCUGAUGAAAAUGUCGAGAUAUUUAUUAACAGAGGUCUUUCCACUUUGAAUAAUGAGCCUGAUGUCUUGAUUAUGGGAGCUUUUAAUGAGUGGCGCUGGAGGUCUUUUACUACAAGGCUAACUAAGACUCAUCUCAAUGGAGAUUGGUGGUCUUGCAAGAUCCAUGUUCCCAAGGAAGCAUACAGGGUUGAUUUUGUGUUUUUUAAUGGACAAGAUGUCUAUGACAACAAUGAUGGAAAUGACUUCAGUAUAACUGUCGAAGGUGGUAUGCAAAUCAUUGAUUUUGAAAAUUUCUUGCUUGAGGAGAAACGAAGAGAACAGGAGAAACUUGCUAAAGAACAAGCUGAAAGAGAAAGAUUGGCAGAAGAACAAAGACGAAUAGAAGCAGAGAAAGCUGCAAUUGAAGCUGACAGAGCACAAGCAAAGAAAGUGACUGCAAAGAAAAAGGAAGUAUUGCGAGAAUUGAUGGCAAAAGCCCCGAAGACUCGUGAUAUCACCUGGUACAUAGAGCCAAGUGAAUUUAAAUGCGAGGACAAGGUCAGGUUAUACUACAACAAAAGUUCAGGUCCUCUCUCCCAUGCUAAGGAUUUGUGGAUCCAUGGAGGAUAUAACAAUUGGAAGGAUGGUUUGUCUAUUGUCAAAAAGCUUGUUAGAUCUGAGAGAAUAGAUGGUGAUUGGUGGUAUGCAGAGGUUGUCAUUCCUGAUCGGGCACUUGUCUUGGAUUGGGUUUUUGCUGACGGUCCACCCAAGCAAGCCAUUGCUUAUGAUAACAAUCAUCGCCAAGACUUCCAUGCCAUUGUCCCCAAGAACAUUAGAGAGGAAUUAUAUUGGGUUGAGGAAGAACAUCAGAUCUUUAAGACACUUCAGGAGGAGAGAAGGUUUAGAGAAGUGGCUAUGCGUGCUAAGGCUGAAAAAACAGCACUCCUGAAAGCUGAAACAAAGGAAAGAACUAUGAAAUCAUUUUUAUUGUCUCAGAAGCACGUAGUGUAUACUGAGCCUCUUGAUAUCCAAGCUGGAAACAGCGUCACAGUUUACUAUAAUCCCGCCAAUACAGUACUUAGUGGUAAACCUGAAAUUUGGUUCAGAUGUUCAUUUAAUCGCUGGACUCACCGCCUAGGUCCAUUGCCACCUCAGAAAAUGUUGCGUGCUGAAAGUGGCACCCAUGUCAAAGCAACUGUAAAGGUUCCAUUGGAUGCAUAUAUGAUGGAUUUUGUAUUUUCUGAGAGAGAAGAUGGUGGAAUUUUUGACAAUAAGAGUGGAAUGGACUAUCACAUACCUGUGUUUGGAGGAGUUGCUAAAGAACCUCCGAUGCAUAUUGUCCAUAUUGCUGUCGAAAUGGCACCAAUUGCAAAGGUGGGAGGCCUUGGUGAUGUUGUUACUAGUCUUUCCCGUGCUGUUCAAGAUUUAAACCAUAAUGUGGAUAUUAUCUUACCGAAGUAUGACUGUUUGAAGAUGAAUAAUGUGAAGGACUUUCGGUUUCACAAAAGCUACUUUUGGGGUGGGACUGAAAUAAAAGUAUGGUUUGGAAAGGUGGAAGGUCUCUCGGUAUACUUUUUGGAGCCUCAAAACGGGUUAUUUUGGAAGGGGUGUGUAUAUGGUUGUAGCAAUGAUGGUGAACGAUUUGGUUUCUUCUGUCAUGCGGCUUUGGAGUUUCUUCUGCAAGGUGGAUUUAGUCCGGAUAUCAUUCAUUGCCAUGAUUGGUCUAGUGCUCCAGUUGCUUGGCUCUUUAAGGAACAAUAUAUGCACUAUGGUCUAAGCAAGUCUCGUAUAGUCUUCACGAUACAUAAUCUUGAAUUUGGCGCACAUCUCAUUGGGAAGGCAAUGACUUAUGCAGACAAAGCUACAACAGUUUCGCCAACUUACUCACAGGAGGUGUCUGGAAACCCUGUUAUUGCACCUCACCUUUAUAAGUUCCAUGGUAUAGUGAAUGGGAUUGACCCAGAUAUUUGGGACCCGUUAAACGAUAAGUUCAUUCCGAUUCCGUUCACCUCGGAAAAUGUUGUUGAAGGUAAAACAGCAGCCAAGGAAGCUUUGCAGCAAAAACUUGGACUGAAACAGGCCGACCUUCCUUUGGUAGGAAUUAUCACCCGCUUAACUCAACAGAAAGGAAUCCACCUCAUUAAACAUGCUAUUUGGCGCACCUUGGAACGGAACGGACAGGUAGUCUUGCUUGGUUCUGCUCCUGAUCCUAGGAUACAAAAUGAUUUUGUUAAUUUGGCAAAUCAAUUGCACUCCUCAUAUAAUGACCGCGCACGGCUCUGUCUAACAUAUGAUGAGCCACUUUCUCACCUGAUAUAUGCUGGUGCUGAUUUCAUUCUAGUUCCUUCAAUAUUUGAGCCAUGUGGACUAACACAACUUACGGCAAUGAGAUAUGGUUCAAUUCCAGUUGUGCGUAAAACUGGAGGACUUUAUGAUACUGUAUUUGAUGUUGACCAUGACAAAGAGAGAGCGCAACAGUGUGGUCUUGAACCAAAUGGAUUCAGCUUUGAUGGAGCAGAUGCUGCUGGCGUUGAUUAUGCUCUGAAUAGAGCUCUCUCUGCUUGGUACGAUGGUCGGGAUUGGUUCAACUCUUUAUGCAAGCAGGUCAUGGAACAAGACUGGUCUUGGAACCGGCCUGCUCUUGAUUAUUUGGAGCUUUACCAUGCUGCUAGAAAGCAUAGUUAGUUUGCGAGAUAAUAGCAGAAAGAUUCAUGAGAACUGCAAUCUGUACAGGUUCAGUGUUUGCGUCUGGACGACUUUUUAUUUCAUGUAUCAAAGUAUAAAUCAAGUUUACCCUGAGAUCAAUAGUAGACAGUACUCAGUUAUUUAAUUUUUUGUGCAACAUAUGAAAUAGUUUAGCUUCAAAUAAUGUAGUCUAUUGAUGUUUAUCCAUUUUGGGGAGAAAUGAGAAAUCAGAGCCUGCAAAUUACUCAAA